CUGUAUUGGCGUUAAUACGGCAUCACGUUCCGGUCAGGUAAUAGCCACCGGAUAGAUACGACCGUACUGCAGUUUUCGUACGACCAUACGUACGUCCAGACUACGGUUUUUCAAUUCGCACCAUCGAUCGUUCGCCGCCUGUUAAACUCUUCCUGUUGCUGCUGCUGCUGCUGUUAAGUACAACUGUCGUCGUUGCUUCUUCACGUGUUUGCCGAAAGUCGUGGCCAGCUACCGAGUUACGGCUCGUCCCUGGACAGAAAUUCAGAAGUCAGCAAAAUUGUGAUUUUUAUUUGUCGUUUGUUCGUGAUCUCGACGAACGUUCGUCGGCCGAUCAUUUUCAUCAGCUGCUGAAGGAUGGUGAUUCGACUGGAAACACGUGCCUGCUGAUACCAGUACACAACGUGAGAUCUGCAGCUAGAAUCUACUCUGUGUCAUAGAACGGACGGAAGAAGACGUUUGUCGCGUGGCAUGAUCCAUUUACGGAUGAAGUUAUUUGGAUUCACAAGUUCCAUGAAAAUGAAAUAUCUAAUCGUGUUAGUAUGUUCUCUGUUGGGAUUUCUCGAACUCGCCAACACUCUACCCCAAGGUGCCACCGAGUACGAAGACAUGUCCUUUUGGCUAAAAUCUGGCCAAGAGAAUCUUCGAAGAAAUUUGGCUUAUCGGAAUAACGUAAAUCGCGCAAAAAAUGUAAUUAUCUUUAUCGGUGAUGGCAUGGGAAUAUCCACUAUCACAGCUGGUCGAAUAUACAAAGGCCAAGUCGAAGGUAAUACCGGCGAAGAAUACAAAUUGGCUUUUGAAAAGUUCCCUAACACUGGAUUCGCCAAGACGUAUAACACUGAUAAACAAGUACCUGAUUCAGCCGGAACAGCCACCGCAAUAUUUUCCGGUGUUAAAUGCCGAUACAAGGUUAUCGGAUUGGAUACCAGAGCUUCGUUUAAUCACUGUAACAAGCAAGUCAAUCAAAUAAGCAAACUUACAACUAUAGCAGAUUGGGCGCAACAAAGUGGUAUGGAUACUGGAUUCGUAACGACUACUAGAAUCACACAUGCUACUCCAGCUGGAUUAUACGCUCAUACGAAUAAUCGUGAUUGGGAAUGUGACACCGCGAUACCGCAACAAUAUAAAGGCUGUGUAAAGGAUAUUGCGAGACAACUAAUCGAAGACGCACCGGGAAACAAGUUUAAGGUAAUUAUGGGUGGUGGAGCGCAACAUAUGGGUUUACCAAUGUCUGAGCCAAUAGAUCCCGAUACAUGCGUCAGAGGAGACGGGCAAAAUUUAGCGACCGUAUGGACUGAAAAUAAUCCAAAGGGGAAACUAGUGACUGAUACCGAGCAGCUCCUCUCUAUUGAUAUUGCUAACACGUCGAAAAUUCUUGGAAUUUUUACACCUAGUCAUCUCCCUUAUCACACCGUGAAGACGAAUCGAACGCCAACUUUGGCUGAAAUGACUCAGCAGGCUCUCCGUUUGCUUCGAAAGAAUAACAAUGGUUUCUUCUUAAUGGUGGAGAGUGGAAGAAUCGAUAUGGCUCAUCACCACAAUUAUGCUCAGCUAGCGAUGCGAGAGUUGUCAGAACUCGAGGAAGCGAUAUUGGUUGCAUUGCAACAAGUUAAAUUAGAAGAAACAUUGGUGAUCGUAACUGCAGAUCACUCACACGCGUUUUCCAUCAAUGGUUAUCCGAAUCGAGGAAACGAUAUCCUUGGUUUUGCCAAUGAUCCAAAGAAGACAAAUAUACAGCCCUACGAAACACUUAGUUACAUCAACGGUCCAGGCUUUUAUCAUCAUAGGCGAAACGACAGUCACGAUGUCAACGAAACAUGGAUCCACGUCGAUCAAGAUAAGACACGCAAUGAUCCAUAUUAUACUCAUAUGGCUGGUGUAUACUUGGAGGAUGAAACACACGGUGGCGAAGACGUUGGAGUCUACGCGAUAGGUCCCUACUCUCACUUGAUCCGCGGUACUUUCGAGCAAAAUUACAUCGCUCACGUAGUAGCGUAUGCGGCAUGUUUCAAAAACUGGCCAUCCCACUGUGACCAAGCUUACAAUCGUUAUUUCUACGAAUUAAGCAACUCGGUAAAUUGUGCUACUAAUUCACUUACUGUGUCUCUCUUGAUGUUUGUGCUUCUUUCAAUUGUCGGAUUUAAUUAAUUGAAUGCACUAACGGUACACGCGUUACGAGCAAGUACGUUUCUUCUCGUUAAUCGUACCUUUCAGACUAUUCCUUCUCAUUCAAAUAUCCCAUGCCAAACCUCACCCUUUCCCCGUCUUUUUUCCCGAUACUAUUUCUUCCUCUAUUCUACCUCUUCUUUGAUCUAUUUCUUCUUCCUUUUUCUCUUCCUUCGAUUUUGAAAACAGUACAAAACACACACGUAUACCGUUCAAAAGUAUCCAAACUCGUGUUUAUUUUUCUUGGUAAGAUGAAGAAUUUACACGUUUAAAAUUAGUUUUAAAUAGCCAAUAAAUGUGCAAUGAAAUUACUGACAAUACUUUACAAUACGAGACAAGUUUUUGUCUGAACGAAAAUCAGACGAGGAAAAUUUUUCUAAGUUCUAAUUAAUUCAAAUAAUAAUAUUUGAAGUCGUCGAUGAUUCGCGUUUUAGAUUUUAAUCACAGUAUUGAUCUACUUAUGGAUAAAAAAUUCAUAGUCUAAUAAUAAUUAUUGCUUUCGACAAUUAAUUUCUCACUAAUUUAUAUAUUUUGUCAACAUUGUUGGUAAAUAAAUUAAAGUUUCCUGAUACUUGUGAACGGUAUACACAUAAGCAGCGAAUAUGUUUGCAAGUUACUAAUUCUAACUAAAUUUAGAACACAGUGUUCGACAAUACGAAUUGUCCUUUGUAUAUAAUUUUCACAAUUCAUAUUUCAAUGUUCGGCGGAACUACAUACUAGAGAUGUGCGAAAAUCUGAAAAUAUCAGUGAAAUAUCUGGGAACGAGUAGAAAUAGUAGGUUGCUACAAUAUCUCAAUAUUUCUGCAUUAUGAAGUAUCUCAAUUUCUCAAAUAUAUUUAAUAUAAUAUAUAAUCUUCUUCUUUUUAUUAUUAUCAAUAUAUAAUAUUUUGAUCAUUAACAAUUAUGAUUUUCAAAAUUAUUAAAUAUAAUUAAUAAUAAUCUUUAAAAUUAUUAAAUGUAAUUAAGUUAUUAAAUCUUCCUAACACUAGGUAUAUGUACCUACGUAAUAGCAAAUUUCUUCUUCUUUAAUUUGAUUAGUAAUUAAUAAUUGACCGAUUAAUAAUUGAUCGAUGAUUGAUAAUUAAUAAUUUAAACUUCGAUGAACAAAUGAAAUAUUCGGAUUUUCGAAAAUUUCGAGAAUCUGAGACACGUUUUGGGACUAGUUUUGUUGAAUAUGACCAUUUUUUUUAUUUUUGACACAUUUCAGAAUCCUACAGUAUAAAAUGAAGAAAUUUCGGGAAAUAAAGUAAUCCCGAAAUGUAUUUCGGGUUCUCAAAAUUCUCGGAAAUUCUGAUAUUUUCUUGAAAUGCUUUUGAGACGAUUUUGAAAAUAUCUCAAUCUGAUCCGAUUUAAUAUUUCUAGAUUUUCGCACUUCUCUUUUACAUGGUACAUAUAUAUUUAUACACUUGCGUACGUGCAUGUGUGCGUAUUGUAACGCGUUUGCAAGCGUUUCAGACCAUAGGUUUAAUUUAAUUAAUGCAGUUUCAUCUGUGAUAUAUACGCAAAUUAGCUGGUAAUUGUAAACCAUAUCUGUAAUGUACUCAUUUUUUGAGAAGCGUGCAGUUUGCAUGCUGUAGAUGAAAUGAAAAGAAUCAAACAGAAAAUUA